AAAAAAAAAACUGCUGUCAUUGACAUUUGGGCUGUAAGAAACAUGAAUCUCCAAUCAAACAGGAUUAUCAUGAUGUUCCUUCUUCUUACCUCCCUUCUCUACUCUGCCUGUAAAGCACAGUUAAGUGACGUCUCUCAGCCUGCUUCUUUUCAAGUUGUGACUUUAGGAGACUCUGCCAAUCUCACCUGCCAUCUACCUCGAUUUACAAGAAUGGCAUUUUGGUGUAAGGUGACUGCUGGGAAGGGAUUCGAGCUACUGGCCACUUUGGAGACGUUUUACAGCAUCGAGAAUUUCAGGCAGGAAACUGACCGACUGUCGGUGAAAUAUAAGGAUGGUGGCGUUUCUCUGACGAUCCAUAAAACUGUGAGAGAGGAUGUUGGAACAUACUACUGUGGAGGGACAACACUAGAUGCCGUAAUGUUUGGAAGGGGAACUUUUCUGACGAUUCAAGGUGUGGGGAUGAUCAGUGACACGGUCGUCCAAAAGCCAAACUCUCUGUCAAUCCAGUCUGGAGAAUCUGUGAAUAUCAGCUGCUGUGUUCGCUCACUUCACUGUGCAGCAAAUCACACUGAUGUCAUGUGGCUGAAGAACUCCGUUCACUCUGCUCCAGAAAUGAUUCACUCCUCUGGAUAUGAAACGGGAAACUGCCAAACAACUGCAAGCGGGGAAACAACCUGUGAAUAUGACUAUCUCAUGCAGGACCUGACCUCUGACGAUGCUGGGACCUACUACUGUGUCGCCACUGUGUGUGGAGAACUGCUCUUUGGGAACGGGACCGUGGUCCAAAUUCAAGGAGAAAGCAAAUCACUUCAUCUGAGCCCAGCAGUUGUCGCCUUGAUCCUGUCGAACUGCCUGCUGUUGCUGGCGACACUUUUACUUUUGUGGAGACUUUGCAGGAAACACGAGAGGUCACCCAUCACAGCCUCAUACAGAUCUCGUGAUGAAUCACCAGAAGACAAUCAGUUCCGAGAUGGAGUUUUAUAUACCACCGUCAGCUCCGACCCCAGCAACUCCUCACACAGAUCGACUCUCCUGAAACACAACAGCGACACAACAGUCGUUUACUCCAAUGUCCGGAGGAGCUUCAGAGACUGAAGGACACCAGAGCAGCCGCUGGAUGGAAAGACACCAUGUCCAAGGAUUUAUUGAAAGGAAAGUUGUAUAUAAACACUUUGUCAAGUGUGUUAUUUUCAUAUCACUAAAGAGACAUUUUUCAGAAGUGAUUAUCAUCAUCAUCACAAAAGUUUGGGGAAAUGUAUUGAUUUCCUUAUUCAAUUAUCCAGGGUCAUUUAAAUACUGAAAUGUUGUCAGGGUUAAUAAUUUGUCAAUAAAAUUCAAUAAAGAAAUAAGUCAUA